AUCGCAUGAUAUCAUUCAUGUCACCGCCUACCAAAGGGCUCUUAGGCUCAAUUAUUCUCGGCUGACGCCACAUACCUAAACUAUAUCGCAGUUUCGGUUAGUUACAAUGAUUAUUCCGACAAAUUCUGGUUCUGACAUUUUGUGGAAACUGAACUGCGCGUACAUCCUAGUGGGGUGUCUGCUGCCUGUUGUAGACAACAUUAACUGUAAGGUGAUCCAACAUCCUAACUAUACAACGACCUAUGAACUACUUGAAUCUCUGCCUUUGGCCAAUUGCGAGACCCAGUGGUUGGAUGAAAACAUGACUGUUCUUGCCAAUGACAAAGAGAUAGACGAAAACCGUACUUUGGCUCAGACCAGUCACUCCAUCACUAUCUUAGGCUGCCUGGACAGACUGACCUACUCAAUGGACUGCAUGCUGACUGUGGCACCAGUUUGGGAGGUGCAGUGCCUCACUAACUGCAGUCAUGGACCUUAUAAACCUGCCACCAAUCUCCACAGUAAUGACCAUGUCCCCAUCAAUCAAGAUGCUAGGAACCACACUGUUGUCUGGGUGCUGAUGGGUGCGGUUGGAGUCGCCGUGUUCCUGCUGGGUUUGAAGGCAGCAUAUGUAUUAAAGAGAUGUGUCUGCAAGACAUGGAACAAGACGUUGACCCAACACUGUUCCUCAGUGUGAUGCUAGCUGGCUGGCUGGAUGUUUGGGUUGGUGGAUGGUUUAAUGCAAUGCAACUGUUUGAGUGUUUAAGAGAGUUUCCUGUAAUGGUCCUGUGGCAUGACAUGGCACGUGUUAGAUUCUGAGACAGCUUUAGUAAACUCAUUCGGACUGUGGAAGUUUAGAGUCUCCUUCAGCUGCACCAGCGAGUGCACAAUGAGAAACUAGGCAUUAUACAAACUAUUAUAAAAUAUUACUACUCUGGGAAAUAAUGACUCAGAAUAAUAUCUCUUGUGGUUUGAAGAAUCAUAUACGGGUUACAUGAAUACUGUUUCAAGAAUAUGAUCGGGGUUAGACUUCAGACUACUCCCUCUACCCCCUAAUAUAUACACUAUAAAUGGAUACUACAUUGAAAGAUUACUUCUGUUCACCAUAUAUUGUUUUAUUGAUCAGAAUAUACUCUUUAUGUAGCUAUUUGCAGAACACACAUUUCAGUUGAAUGCAUUCAGUUGUACAACUGACUAGUUUGUCUUUCCCUUUAUUUUGUUUAAUAUUGUAAAUUCUGUACUCAAAUUUAUACAUAAUAUAAUGUAUUUCAUAAUGUAUAACAUAUAUAUAUAUAUAUAUAUAUAAUCUCAGUAUGUGAUAUUAAUAUUAUACACAAUAAUUGUGCCAAAUGAAGACAAUGCAACUUACAAUGCAAGGUUGGGGUCACUUCCUUUUCAAUUCAGCCAAUUCAGGAAGUAUACUGAAAUCCAAAUUUCACAUUUUCCUCAAAUUGGAAUUUUAGUUUACUUCCUGAAUUAAAAUGGAUUUGACCCCAAACCUGACUUAACCAUAUGUGUUAAGAGUAAGUCUAGAGUAAGACAUUAUUUUGAGAUUGAAACCAUUGUGGAUUUGAGGGAGACCUAUGAAAUGUUUUUUUGUGUGAUCAUUCCAUGGGUUACUGUCCUUACAGGCAAAUACAGUUGAAGUUGGAAGUUUACAUACACUUAGGUUGGAGUCAUUAAAACUCGUUUUUCAAUCACUCCACAUAUUUCUUGUUAACAAACUUUAGUUUUGGCAUGUCAGUUAGGACAUCUAC